UGCACCGCCAAUAAAUAACAAACAAAAUCAAAACGUCAAAUAAAUACAACAAAUAGCACGUUGCCAGCAAGCUUACCGGCUAGAAAAACAACCACUCUUUGUUUUACGGCAAAAUCGUGUAUUUUCUGCAUUUAUUUCAGCACUCCAUUCGUCAACGAUGGAUCGAAAACGAUUUAAUCAGAAUAAGCGUCGCUUUGGCCCUAACAAGCAUGGAUCCGGUAAGAAAAUUAAUUACCAAAAAGACACCAUCCGCACAUCCUGCAUCGCGGAGAAAGAUAUCUUCUGUACGGAAUAUGUUUCAAAGCUGGAUGGAUUCCAAGGUAUUUUAAAGUCCAGAUUUUCAGACUUCCACGUGAACGAAAUAAGUGCUGAUGGGGAAGAAGGUAUUCUAACGGAAGUUUCGGUAGUACCACCUUGCGAUUCGGAAGAUAAAAAUCUGAUCCCUGAAGAUCAGAACAAGGAGUUAGAGCGCUUAAUCGAAGCUGAGAACAUGAAACGAAUUCAGGAAAUAGUCGAUGGCAUCGGAGAACAUACUGUGAAAAUAGAUGUCACUAAUCGGUCGAAAGAGGAUCGUACAGCAAUACACAACUGUAUAAAGGCCGUGUUCGGUGCUGCCGUUGUGGGAUCUACCGUAGCCGAGGGUGAUCGCAAAUUGAUACAGGUCACAAAAUACAGAAAGAUGGAGAAAAAAGAUCGACGAGAGAAAUGGAAAUGGCCUCAUGAGUAUACUUACUUCCUGCUUUACAAGGAAAAUAUUGACACCAUUCAGGCGACGCUUCUACUCAGCCAAGGAUUGCACUGUUCCCCUUCGGUGUUGACUUACGCGGGGACGAAGGAUCGACGUGCUAAAACCACACAGUGGAUGUGUAUAAAGACACGAGAGCCGGCAAAGAUUAUUCAAGCCGCACGAAAUACGGGAUGUGUUACCGUUGGUAACUUUUCGUUUAAACCUACCGUACUGAAAUUAGGACAACUGCAGGGUAAUCGAUUCCGCGUUGCACUCCGUCAAGUAACCGCUAGCGAUGAAACCAUCAACGGUUGCAUGGAGGAGUUCCGCAAAAAGGGAUUUAUCAAUUACUAUGGUUUGCAACGGUUCGGGAACUGUGCUUCAGUACCCACGUACAAGAUUGGUAUCGAGCUGCUUAAGGGCAACUGGAAGGAAGCGUGUGAACUGAUCUUGCAGCCGCGUGAAGAUGACCAUCCAUACAUGAUGGAAAUGCGAUCGAUCUGGGCAAAGACGCACAAUCCUUCGGAGGCGUUAAAGAAACUUUCGCCAGCGAAUAAAUCGGUCGAAGCGAUGCUGUUACGCCGGUUGGCAAGUCAUAGUGCAAAGGAUUUCAUGGGUGCUAUUGGGUAUUUGCCGCGCAAUGUACGGUUACUGUAUUUGCACGCUUAUCAAAGCUUAAUCUGGAACCGUGUGGCUUCCGAACGCAUUCGAAAGUAUGGCUUUGAACCGGUAGAAGGAGAUUUGGUUUAUGCAGACAACCAGGACCAAACGACCAUUGCACAAGUGGAAGCAAUGAGCGGCGGUGAAGAAGGAGACUUAAAUGCAAUUAAUGCCCUCAAUGAUGAUGCUGAACAAAGCGAGCUUAAAACGGAAGAUGUUGGCAGUGGAACGAUGGAAAAAUCGUACUUCAAAAAUCUUGUACGACCUCUCACCGCGGACGAUAUCGCAUCAGGACGAUAUACUAUGUUCGAUAUAGUAUUACCACUUCCCGGUCAUGAUAUAACGUACCCGGGCAAUGAUUGUGCCCGCUGGUACGAAGAGGCAAUGGCCGAAGAUGCACUAUCGUCGGAAAAAUUGCAGUUAAAAUCGAAAAGUUUUUCACUUGCUGGGGCUUACCGGAAGCUGUUUGUCCUGCCAGAACGUUUGGAGUGGAAAAUUGUACACUACGUAAACGCAACGGACACACUUAUUCUUUCCGAUUUGGACAAAUUUAACAACGUUCCCGAACCACCGUUUGCAGGCUGGGCAGAGAAUGAGUCGGCCCAAAAAGCGGUCCUGUUGGACUUCCGGCUACCUACGUCGACAUACGCUACGAUGGCUCUACGAGAGAUUCUGAAAACUGACACCUCUUCGAGUAAUCAACGUACAUUGGAAAAAUUAGGACAAGCAGCCGCACAAGCAGAAAAGCAGGAUAAGGAAAAAGAAUCUUCCCCUACAGUGCCAAACGCAGAUGACGAACCACAUUGUAAAAUAGCGAAACAAGACGAUGGUGAAUAGUUGUUUGCACGAAAAGUAGGCAACGUUUUGUACAGUUUUGUCAAAAGUAACCUUUUUCAAUUCAUAACUCAUAACCUUUUUUCAGUUCAUAACGAUAUCUUUUAUAUGCAAUUAAAA